AUGAUUAUCAUUCCCAGAGCCUCCGUCCGUCUUGUACGGAACCACAUCCGCCCGGCGGCGAUUGCGGCGCCACGCGGCUUCUCCGGAACAGCUCGCCGGCAGACGUACGAAGACGACGCCAGCGGUCAAGAGCUUCCGCCUUCUAAAUCCAAUCUCUCAGAAACCCUUCGUCGGAAUUGGGUUCCAAUCGGCGGCACCAUACUCUUCUUAGGGGUUGCCUACGCGUAUUUCUCCUCCCCCAGCCCCAACAAAGCCACGGAGAAGGGCAAGCUAUCCGAAUCGGAGGCCAAAACAUCGAAAUAG